CAUUUGCCCAGUGUGUCGUCGCUGGUCGCUUUUCUGUAAAACUGACCACAGGUUCUAAAAAUGGCGAGCCUUACUCAAUUCGAUUGUGAUAUUGUUGUAAAGCACCCAUUGAAAACCUCUCUGGAUUAUCUACGAGAUAUUCUUGAAGACGCAGAGCAUUCUUACCGGCCGCACCUAAACUCCCAUGAUGGUGCCGUCGAUACUCCAUCCUCAGUUUGUCAAGAGGCAAUAUCGGACCUUCUCGGCGCUUUGAUGACGCAAAAGUCGGCUUUCAAUCUUUCCUCUCGAUUAGGCAAUCGCGAUCUAGCUUCAGACAUCUCUAAUCUCUUCAGACAUGCUCGACAGGAUGACUUCAGCUAUGAACUCUACCGCGCACUGUCACAACUUGUCAUUCAAAAGGCGCCAGACAUGGACAUCUGGACUGCUGUUAUCAACCUCAUUAUUACUGUUCUGCAUUCCACUCCUCCACCUAGCGCGCCAUUUGAUCGAAAAACCCCAAUUACGUAUAAUAUGAGCAGCCUCGUCAACUCGAGUGAAUAUCGCAAAGACAUCGAUAAUGUGCUGAAAGAGGAUAUAGGACCGAUGUUCAUUGAUAUCCCUGAGUUCUACAAAGCCUUCUUUGGAGAAGUGACGGAUCUUGAGAACAUUGCUGAGACAGUUCUUAAGAACUGCACACAGGGCGAUACCCCGCAAUACCACAAGAAGGAUGGCUGGAAGGAAUGGCCUGAGGAUGCAAAGGAGCAAGAUGUCUUGAAAUGGCUUUCCCAAAUGAUAACUCUGUUCACAGGCUAUGUUGAAGAGUUGUUUCCGACCUUCAACAUUCAACGAAGGUUAUUGGUACAGCCUCAUCAACCUCUAUUAGGCUCCACGGCGAAACGUAAGCUUGAUAUCGGCAUUGUGGAUGGUCCAGCCACUGAUAAAGCUGUUGAGUAUCACUGGCGGCAGAUUCUUGUACCAGGAGAACUGAAGAAUAACCGCGGAUAUGAUAAACCUUCAUUGGCAGGUCUUGAUCUGGGAAGGUAUGCAAGAGAAGUACUUUUGUGUCAGGAGACUCGUCGUUUUGUUCUUGGCUUCACACUCUGCGGAUCUCUUAUGCGGUUAUGGGAAUUCGAUCGAUUAGGUGCGAUUGCAUCCGCGCACUUUGACAUCAAUAAAGAGGGACAGCGAUUUGUUGCCACCGUGCUUGGAUUUCUCUGGAUGAACAAGGAGCAGCUUGGAUAUGAUCCCACCAUUAUCGAUGCCGAAGGCAUUAAGUAUAUUGACAUUGAACGAAAUGGGCAAAAGGAGCGUCUCAUCAUUGACAGAUUGAUGACGCGGGCACAGUGCAUCGCAGGCCGUGCCACAACUUGCUGGAAGGCUCAUCGAGAGAACGAUGAUUCGCAGAUACCUCUUGUGAUCAAAGACUCAUGGCAAUACUCAGAGCGCGAUGAAGAAGGUGAACUGCUGCGUGAGGCAACUGAGAAGAAUGUAGUCAAUGUAGCGAGAUACUAUCAUCAUGAGACAGUUUGCGUGAGUGGCAAAUAUGAUGAUAUUCUUAACACCGUUCGACAUGGCCUGGAUGUUACACAGAUGUUAAACAGUUUGAUGCUGCCUCUGAGUAGAAGUGAGCCCCGCACCUCACUAGAUAGACAAAGUAGCAGUACCACUGGGCGGAAGCGGUCCUCCAGCCGCGCCGACACAUCUCUACCGCCACCAAGAAAACGGAUUCAGUCUAGUUCUCCUGUUAAGGCAACAAGAAUUACAAACCGCGUGCAUCGUCGUGUUAUCGUCCGUGACUACGGGAAGGCAAUCUACAAAGCAAGCUCGAGGGUUGCCCUGCUCGAGACACUGAAGGGCUGCAUUGAAGGAUAUGAGUCUUUACAUAAAAUGGCUGGAAUGCUUCAAUGUGAUAUCUCACCAAACAACCUCAUGAUGAAUGAAGAUGAUGAUAAUCCUUCCUUUCGGUCAUUCCUGAUUGACUUGGACCUUGCAAUCAAGGAGCAACGAGAGGGGUUUUCAGGAGCUCGGGGCAAAACUGGCACACGGGCAUUCAUGUCCAUUGGCGUACUUCUUGGUGAAAAGCAUUCCUUCAUGCAUGAUCUUGAGUCAUUCUUCUGGGUGCUUUUUUGGAUAUGCAUCCACUAUGAUGAGCUAGGGAAGGGGAGGACUGUUCCAUCCUUUGAGAAGUGGAACUAUGUGGACACAGAGGAGUUGGCCAAGUUAAAGAAAGGGGAAAUAGGUGAUGAAAGUGACUUUCUCCGGUCCACAAGAAAGAACUUUACGGAAUAUUAUCAACCAUUGGUUCCUUGGGUCAACAAGCUACGGAGGGAUGUUUUCCCUGGUAAUGGAAGAUGGAAAACCCCCAAUCCAAAUUUGUCUUUUAUGAUGAAACAGGUACUUCAGGAAGCUCAGAUUGACUCAGAGGUGUUGAAGUAAUGUAUUUAAUCUUCUUUUAUUCUCCUUUUGUUUUAAGACCCUCCCCUUCUUCUGAUUUUAUAUAUACCCCUGCCUAAACCCAUGCGUUGGGAUUUGAAUUAGUUUGGAGGCCUUUUUGUAAAGUAGAAUGUAUUUUUUUAUCAGUAGCACGUAUUAAAAUAGUUAUAUAAUAUUCUCCUUCGCAGAGGACUUCGGGAUAAAGGAAAUUGACGAGGCAUAAGUACACUAAAGCUAGAAAACAGGGACAAUCGUAACGGCGUGGCGAGCAUGACUAUAAGCGAGAGCAG